GAUGCAUUGAUACUAAUUGAGCUCUCUAUUGACGCUCACAUACAGCCGUGCUCAAAGGUUUUCCUUUGUCAGCUUAAUCUUCACGAGAAAAUGUCUGUCCUACAUUUGGUGGUUAUUUGUAUCUUCUGUGGCAUCUCUUCAUGCAAUGGAUAUGGAGAUGGUGGCUACCAAAACUCAAGACCGAACCUUUGUUGGGCAAUGAAAUGUCAAAACGGAGGCAAGUGUGUCACAAAGCUAAACACACCUCAGUGUGAAUGCCCGGAUGGCUUCUAUGGACUCUUCUGUCAAAUUAAAAAAGUUGUUGACCCAUGCUCUGAGUACACAUGUUUCAAUGGUGGGAUAUGUGAAGCCAAGAACUACAAUCCAGUCUGUAAAUGUCCGCCUGGCUACAAAGGAGAACACUGUGAAUUAGCACCGAUAUGCCCGAAAAUUGGAGAUAAAAACUGUCUAGGAAAGUUUUGUUCCGAAGAUUCCCAUUGUUCUAAUGGAGAUAUCUGCUGUGCUAGUUCAUGUGGUGGUGGUCGCUGCACGACUCCAGACUACGAAGACAACAUCGAUGCCUGCACUGAGCUAUGUUUCAAUGGGGGACACUGUGUGUAUAAUGAUCACAAACUUUAUUGCAAGUGUAAGGACGGGUUCUUCGGAGAUCGUUGUCAAUCAAGAAAUAAAACCAAUCCUGGGACAUGCCCAGAUGUUACUGUGGAUAAAAGACAACAAUGUUACGGUAGAGAGUGUACAAAUGACGGAGAUUGUUUCAACCGUGAAAAAUGUUGCACUUCUGAGUGCGGAGAGAAGACAUGCCAGAAAAUUGAUCAAUGUCAUAACUUCUGUCGGAAUGGCGGAGAUUGUAUUGUGCUAAACAAUGAACCAAUGUGCAUCUGUCCCUAUGGUAUCACUGGCAGUAAUUGUGAGUUAGUCAUACCACCACGGGAUGGACAGUGUCCAAAUCCCAGGAAGUUUUCCAUCUGUCUGAGUGGGUGUCUGGUUGAUGACCAAUGUCCACAAAAACAAAAAUGUUGCAAAACGUCUUGUGGAGGCAGCGUCUGCAGCGACCCAGUUAGAAUCCCAGAUGUUGAGAAACCUUGUCUAACUACUGUCUGUCCUUUCGGUCAUGAGUGCCGUGUAGUUGUCUACAGUGACACUCUUCAGCCAGAAGAAAGAUGCGUUCCAAAAGUCAGUGUACCUAAAGAUUCCGAUACAGCUUGUCACAAACUCAGUUAUCAGAACUCUCUCCUCGUGGUACAAGAAACCGACCCUGAAACAUACAGGCCUAUGAAGUGUGACGGCCCGCGACCUGUUCAUAGAUGUCUUAAAAAUACUUUUUGCGUUGACGACGGUUAUGGGGGUGCUACAUGCUGUAGAGGACGGCCUCCAUCUGUGGACCCCAUCAAGUUUGGCUCCUGUCCGAAGAUGUCUUUAAUGGCCAAGGUAAAUCUCACCUCGUCAGUAUUUUGCCAAGUAGAUGAUGAUUGCAAAGGUGACAUGAAAUGCUGCGACUCUCCAUGUGGUGGUCACGUGUGCAGCACACCAGUGAGAGUCCAUGAUAAGUGUCCCAAGAAGUGCCCAAACGGUUUUUUCUGUGACAAAGUCCAACGCCCGGCCCCAUGUCCGUCAUGUCUGCCAGUGUCAGACUGGAGGUGCGUGGCCUUGGAUUGCAGCUUGUGUUCCAAUGAUGAGCAUUGUGUUUACGAGGGAGAAAUCUGCCACAACAAGCUGCUCAUUAGCGCAAUGGAACUGGCUUUCUGUCGCAAGGCUUACAGCUGCUCCCCUGUAAGGAAACAACUCAAGCAACAUAUUGACCAAUGUGGAGGCUGCAAGAGAAAUGAAGUGUGUGUAGACACAAAACUGACCUGUUCAAUGGGCAAUUGUAACUCGUACAGGUGUGUGCCGCUAGAUGAGUGUGGAGGAUGCUCACCAGACAAGACCUGCACACCUGUCUCGUACUCCCAAUGGAAAUGUGUGGACAAAGUUCUUGAUUACAUCCUUGUGCCUGAGAUUAUUUGCCAGAAAUGCCAGCAAGAUGAAGUAUGUGUUGAUACCAAUAUUAAAUGCGUCACAGAACCUUGCCCUUCAUUCAAAUGUCUCAGAAAGGACCAAGUCCCAUGUCCCUUGAAAUGCACCAAACCUAAAACUUGUCAGAUUACAACGCCAGGCUGCCCUUACAGUCCACAUCAGCCAUGCGAACUACAACCUAUGCCACAAUGUGUGCCAGGUUUUUAUUAGAAGAAAGCUAAACUACUGAUUUAGUGUGGACAGUUUUUCUGCUGAAGUUGAUUGUUCUUGCUUUUCAUUGCUUAUGUCAAAUACAAGUUCCUUAUAUUACUAUCAAACAA